GCACUACCAGUUUGAAAAGGUUGUAGCUCUUAAACCCUUCCAUCCAUAAUCUUAGUGCUAACUGAACUAAACCUUAGCUACUAGCAGGGUGUCAUGCCUGUCGGAAAAACUACGCACUGACUCUUUCCAAUGGCGUGUCUUUCUUUUCCGCAGUUUCUCUCACUUCCUAGGUGCCACUUGACUUGGUCCUAUUGUUGUACUUCUUUUAACACAGUGCAACUUGGGGAACUCAGGUCUGGGUGUAAAUGGGGUCAUGUGGCAAUGGCUAGGAAAAAGGCUUCUCUAGACUCUGCCAUCGAAGAACCCAGUGACAAUGAAUCUGUGGUUGAAAAGAAGACAACUAGGUCAUCAAAAACUAAGAGCCCGGUCGGGAGGACAAGGAAGAAAGCAAAAGAUGAGUCUCCUGAAGGGAAUGAUGGUUUAUUAGAUAGAGAUGAUGCCUCCACUGGAGAAAGUUCAUCUGCCUCUAUUGAUGCUUCCAAGAAAACUCGAAGGAUUCGGAAAAAGGAUGCAUCUAGUUCUGCUGGCUUGGAAGAAAAGAAGGAAGUCAAGGAAGAGAAAAAGGUUAGAAGGCGAAGGAAAACUGAGGAUGUGAACUUAAUUGUAGAGGAUAAAGUUAUUGAGGCAGAAAUCAAUGACCAAGAUGAGUCUUCAUUUCUUGAAAAUGUGGAGGAUGAGAGUGACAUUGAUUUGGAACUUAUAAAAGAUGUUGGAGAUGACAUUAGCUUUACUUAUGGAUGGCCUCCUCUUGUUUGUUGUUUUGGGGCUGCGCAGCAUGCUUUUGUGCCUUCUGGGAGGCCAGCAAAUAGGCUUAUAAAUCAUGAAAUUCAUGAAAGCAUGAAGGAUGCCUUAUGGAGCCCUGAAAAAUUUUUUAGGGCUCCAGGCUCCUCUGCUGGUAGUGUUGCUAUUGCUCUUGCUACCUUGGGUGGCAAGGUGGCAUUCAUGGGAAAACUUGCAGAUGAUAUUUAUGGUGAAGCUAUGCUGUACUAUAUGAAUGCAAAUAAAGUCCAGACCCGGUCAGUUCGAAUUGAUAAUAAAAGGGCAACAGCUGUAUCAUUGAUGAAGAUUGGUAAAAGGAAUCAUCUUAAAAUGAGUUGUGUGAAACCUUGUGCUGAAGAUAGUUUGAUGAAGACAGAGCUAAACAUCGAUGUGCUGAAAGAGGCAAAAGUGUUCUACUUCAAUACACAUUCUCUGCUUGAUCGUAAUAUGAGGUCAACUACAUUGCAAGCCAUUAAGAUUUCAAAGCAUUUUGGAGGGGUUGUUUUCUACGAUCUAAACCUUCCUAUGCCACUAUGGCACUCUAGGGAGGAAACUAUUUUGUACAUUCAGCAAUUCUGGAAUCUUGCAGACAUUAUUGAGGUCACUAAGCAAGAACUAGAGUUCUUAUGUGGGAUAACACCAUUUGAAGAAUUUGACACCAAAAACAAUAAUAGUUUGAAGUUUAUCCAUUAUGAACCCGAAGUGGUUGCUCCACUUUGGCAUGAAAAUCUUAAGGUUUUAUUUGUGACUAAUGGAACAUCCAAGAUACAUUAUUACACAAAAGAACAAGAUGGUGCUGUUCUUGGAAUGGAGGAUGCCCCAAUUACCCCAUUCACUUGUGACAUGUCAGCAACUGGAGAUGGCAUCGUUGCAGCCCUAUUGCGAAAGUUGUCAGUUCAACUUGAUUUAAUAACUGAUAAAGGAUACCUUGAACAUUCCAUCAAGUAUGCAAUCAAUUGUGGGGUUAUAGAUCAAUGGAUACAAGGCCGAGUUAGGGGCUUUCCUCCUCGUGAAGAUAUGGACGACGUAAUUCCUGAUUCAAAUGGAAUUAAGUCAAUUUCAGAAAGAGAAUACAGGACAGUAGGAGGACCUUCUGAUGAGUAAUAUCAGUUUUGUAGCCUAUGUUUCUCAUAGGGACCUUUCACCCUUUGUAUAGAAAACUGAGAAUUAUUUGUUUCUUUCUGUGUUUUCUACUUUUAAAAUCACAUUACCUAAUGUUGUUGUAUUUCCCAUUCUCUUUUUGCUGUAUCAAUGGCAUUAUGAUCAAAGCUUAAAAUUCCAUUUA